CAAAUUUCUAUUUAGCUAUUCUCCAUCUUACAGUCUUUUUGUACUACUACCUAGUCGAUCAUUUUUUCGUUCCUUAGUCUUACAUCUGAAUAAAUUCGACAUUUCAUAUGGACAAUAAAAUAGCGGAUAAGGAGUAUUACGAGAUAUUAAAUGUUCCAGUGAACGCAGAUUUCACGACUAUAAAGAAAUCAUACCGUCGUCUGGCAAUUAGACUUCAUCCGGAUAAAAACCCAAAUAACUCGGAGGAAGCACGAGAGAAUUUCCAAAAGCUUGGCGAAGCUUACCAAGUCCUAAGUGAUCCUGAACUACGAAAAAGAUAUGAUUUAUAUGGUAAAGAAGGUGCUGUACCUGAGGCAGGCUUUGCAGAUGCAUUCGAGUUUUUUAGGCAACUUUUCGGAGGUGAAUCCUUUAAAGAUUACAUUGGAGAGCUCAAUUUGUUAAAGGAAUUGUGCAAAUCAAUGAAAGAUUCUUCUUCUGAAUAUAAAGCCAUUGAAGAUACUGAUGAAUCGAAGAAAAAGUUGCAACAUGAAGAAUCGCUACAGGAAAAUUUAUUGUUACAAGAACGAAUUGAUACCCUUUGUCAUAAUCUAGUUGAUAAACUGUCUAUUUGGACAGAAACUGACAUGUCUGAGCCAGUUACCAAUGCAUUUAAAGAAAAGAUGCGCUUGGAGGCUGAAGUAUUAAAAGAAGAAUCAUUUGGUGAAGAAUUACUUAAUGCUAUUGGAUCUACUUACUUCCAAAGAGCGAAAAUUUUUCUUGAAAGUCAGUCAUUUUUGGGAAUUAAAGGCCUUUGGAGUAGCUUGCGAGCAAAAGGCUCACUGUUGAAGGAUACUUGGAGUACAGUCGUAAGUGCAGUGGAAGUUCAAACGAAAGCCGAAGCUCUUGCCAAAGCAGAAGAAGAGAGCAAUUGGACAAAAGAAAAAAGAGAAGAAGCUGCUCGCGAACUAACCGGUAAAGUAUUAUCAGCGACAUGGAAAGGAACUCGUUUUGAAGUUCAGAACGUUAUUCGGAACGUUAGUGAUAAAAUUCUUUUUGAUGAAAAUGUUCCGCAAGAAAAACUCUUACAACGCGCUCGUGCCUUGCACAUGGUGGGCGAAGUAUUUCUUUCUGUUGCUCCAAAACGAGAACGUAAUGAUAAUUUUUUUGAAGAACUUUUAAAUCAACAAACACCCUCACAAGGGUAAAUAAUGUACAUAUGCUUAAUCUAUUAGUCAUUAUUUCUCGAUAUUUAAAUUUUACGUUUGCUUCUUAUAUUAAUAUAGAUUGAUUUACAUAUUUCUCCU